CUGAAAGAAUUUAAAUCUACUUCACUCUGAUCUUUCUUUCAAAAGGAAGUGCAUUAUAAACAUAAAUGAAAAGUUUUGAGGAAGAACAGUCAAUGAGAUAUUCAGAUGUAUAAGAGGGAGAAUGUUAAUAGAGAAUUAUCACUUUGUUUCCUGGUUGUUGGUUGUUUAUACGGAGCUUGUAGGUAUCUUAAGGAGAGGAUUACAUAUGUGAACUUUGUCUCAUGAGCUUGUCACUGUGUUAAGAAAAGAUGGUUUGUUGUUUAAGGAAUCUGAAUGUUCUUUGAAAUCUAAUAUAUGGAGAUUAAGCAUACAGCUCUAUGACUGAUUUAUUGCCCAGGAUAACGGCUUUAUAUUUUCCUACCCAGUAAUUCAAGGAACCAGAAUAUCUUAGAUGGUGUCCUUCUUGGUUCUGCCUUCUUUAGCUUAUUCUCAGGGUACACACUGGGGAUGCUUACAGUAUGUAUUAAAAAACAAAAAUAAAAACAAAAAUCAACCACCUAGAGUUUACGCAUCGAGCCCUACUCAUCACUGCUGAACUAUUGAAUAUUGACAUUCUGGAGAAAAGACAGUCAUUAUCUUCAGUUGUAUACCAUUGCUAGUUGUUCAAACCCACAGACAAACCAAUAGUCAUGAUUAAAAUGAACGGGUCAUGAAUCAAAACAAAAAGAUAUACGUUUGGAAAAGAGACUUUUAGGAAGAUGGGAGAGAUAACAGAGUAAAGGGAAUAUAAAAGAGAAUAGGGUAAAUGUAGUAGUUUGAAUAUGCUUGGCCCAGGGUGUGGCACCAUUAAGGAGUGUGUCCUUAUUGGAGUAAGUGUGGUUUUGUUGGAGGAAGUUUGUCACUUUGGGACUGAGGUUUGAGAUACUUCCCUAGCUGCUGGGAAGCCAGCCUUCUGAAUGUCUUCAGAACAAGAUGUAGAACUCUCAACUCCUCCAGUGCCAUGCCUGCUUGGAUGCUGCCAUGCCCCUGCCUUGAGGAUAAUGCACUGAACCUCUGAAGCUGUAACAUUUAAUUGGUCAGAGUGUCUGUCUACAGCAAUGGAAACCCUAACUAAGAAGUUUAUACCAGGAGUCAGGUAUGGCUGUGAUAAGCCUGACCAUGUUUUUGUUUGAAGGAAUGUGGAUUUGGGGACUUUAGAUUUGGAAAGCCAUGGAAUGCUUUAAGUGAGACUUAACGGUCAUCCUAGUAGGAAUAUGGAAGACAUUGGUGCUGAGGGUGAUUUGAACUCUGGAGAUCAUCCUUAUGAUAUUUUGGUGAAAAAUGUUGCUGCUUCUGCCCCUGUCUGAAGAGUCUGUCUGAGACUAAGGUGAAGCGUCUCAGAUUAAUUGCAUGGACAAAGGAUGUCUCACAAAUGCCCAGAAUAGACUUUGUUUUCUGGUUUACUCUCAUGAAAAACAUUUUGAUCAAGCACAGUAAGCUUAAAACAAAAAAGUACAAAAUGUAUUGUUCAAGUAAUAAAGGGGCACCAGGAAGUAAAAUUGAACUGAAUCCCAUGUUCAAGGAGAUAAACAGAUUAAGGGAGUGGUGAUCUCGGGGCAGGAUCCCACCCAGCUGAGCUUAUUGUUAGUGUUUUCAGUUGAACAAGGAAUAGUUAUAUCAUGUCAGGUGUUAUCACCUGGUUAUUGUUUUCAUUUGGAAUGAACUACAAUCCAGAAAUGGAGGGCACACUUGUAAUCCAGAUCUUAAGGCUGGAAGACACAGUCUUUUGAUCUGGAUCUUGAGGAAUAGUGGUCAUGACAGCCUCAACAUUGAUAGGGCUUCUGAGAGAAGGGGUAUCUGGAACAGAGAAAAGAAUGACAGGAAGUCAAAUUGGGGAUCCAAGCUGGCAACCUAGGUUCUGAUGAGAUGACUACCAUAUCCCCUCCCCCCUCUCUCUGUGUGCAUUCUGCUCUCCUCUAGAUAGGUUUGUUUUUUGUUUUGUUUUGUUUUUCUUUUCUUUUUUUGCUAUUUACUUUCUGGUUAAGACAGCUGUCUCUGCUAGAAGAAUUCUAAAAGCUAUUUGGAUAGUUCAUGGGUUUUCUUACCAAAGUCAGAAACGCUGCUAUAAAAAAAUUAUUGGAUCUUUUGACCAAGUCAGAAAUCUUGUUAAGAAAAAAAUUCUUAAAGAGCUGUUUUGCUCUCCAGACAGUUCAGCUCUUGCUAGAGAAAAAUUCUAAAGAACUGCUAUUCUGCUAUUGCUUUUCUGCUAGCUCAUCUCAUGCAGACCAAAAGCCCAAUUUUUUAUUUACAUAUCAGUUCAGUUAUUUAUUUCAGGUUCCCUUUUAAUGAUUUUAUGAAUCAGCAUCCUGUGACCCCAACCCUUUGAUUCGUAGGAAAUAGAAAGCACACAUUUUCUUUUAACAUUGCAAAAGAAUUCAGAGAUCUUCCUGUCUCUGUUAAGAACAGAGGAUAAACUAGCUGGGUGGGACUCUGUACUGAAAUUACCAUUUCUACCACACAUGGGCCUAACCUUGCUGUGUCCCAGGUUGACCUUUUACUCAGGAAUCUGUCUGCUUUGUGUCUUCCUGCCUUUGUAUCUUUCUGACAAGUUGGCUCAUUAAUACAGCUGUUUUUGUUUCUUUAGAUUCAUGAAGCCCCCCAUAUAAUUCAUAAUGCAUCCUUACAGUUUUGCAUAGUUGAGAAAGUAUAUAUUUUCAAGCUCAUGUGUGUAUCCAGAGCUCUUUCCCAUAGCCUUAAGGGCUAUCCUGAAGGUCCUAGUAAUUUUGCUGAGACAUUAGCUAUACCUUUGACUCGUGGAUUUACACACUCUCUGAUUAUCUUGGAGUCAUUAAUGUUAACAGUGAGGACAUUCCUUGGAGGAAUGUGAAAAUAUGUACAUUAUAUACAUUAUACCAUGGGCAGGUCCAGGUCACUUUGUCCCCACCAGGGCUUUGCAGGGCUCAGCAAUGAAAAGCUUAGGUCUAGCCAUGCUAGUACACAGUUUAAUCUCCAGAGACAAUGGCAAGCAGAUCUCUGAGUUCAAGGCCUGCCAGGGACAGAGCAAGUUCUAGAUGAAAAAAAAAAUUUAAUCCAGACAUAGUGAAUCUUACUUUUAUUCUCAGCCUUCAGGAGACAGAACCAUGCAGAUCUCUGAGUUCAAGGUCAAUUUACAGAGUAAGUUCCAGGUGAGCCAAGCUUAGGCAGUAGAGGAGUUGGAAAACAGAAAGCUGGUAAUAAUGCAAUAAAAGAAGGGGGCCAAGUUCCAGCUCCAACAAGCAGCAGAACUCGGCAGCUUUGGCCAUGUGGUUUUGGCUUUAGAGUCAAGAAUAGAAGGGAUAACUGGGACAGUUGAUGGUGGUCAGCUGGAGCUAAGAAGUCAGUGGUGAUUAAGAAGAGUCCAGCAUCACUGAAGUGCAGUCCUCUGGGAAGUGUUUUCUGAGAGCAUGAAGAAGUUCUGUUCCAGAGAUUGGGAAGGUUAUAUGGGUGCUGCAGCUGGACUUGGUAAUGUGUAAGAAUCACCCAGAUGGCACUGGUUUUGAAGGCACGAAGGGGUCAUGGAGAGCAGCUGAGACUUGUCACUAUUAGAGGCCAGAAGAGGCCAUUGGUGAAGGUGAAGCCUCAGUUGCAGUUGAUGGCCCAGGACUGAAGGAGUCAUGCAAAGAAGUUGAGGCUUAGCAUUGUAAAGGGAGUUUAUGAGAGGCUAUUGUUGAAGCAGUUGAAGACCCCAGAGUUUUGGAGAUGUCAGUACCAUGGAUGAUCACCAAGAAGAGCAGCGGCAGUGGAGUGGAUCAACCUGAGCUUAGAGUGCUACAGAGGGCAGAGCUGGAGAAGUGAUGUGAGCCUCUUGGAGAAGCCUUGAAGAUUUUGUGUGGAUCCCAGACAUUGGAACAAGAACAUGUAAAGGCGGAGAACAUGAAGAUGCAAAGUUUAGAAUUUGCCCAGCUGUUUUUAGGUCUUGCUUUAGUCCAAUAUUUCCUCACUAUGAUGUUUUGGAAUUAUCAUGUAUAUCCUGUGAAGUUGGAGGUAUGUGAUCUGCUUUUUGAUUUUUGACUUUAUAUGGGAUUACAGUUAAGUGAUUAGAUAAAUCUCAGAAGAGCUUUUGAACUUUCAACUUUUAACAUUGUUGAAACUGUUAUAUACUAUGGAACAUUUGAAGUUGGACUAAAUGUACUUUGCAUGAUGCUAGGUAUGACCCCCACAGACUCAUGUAUUUAAACAAGCCUAUGGGUGCCAGAAAGUGGAAUGUGUCGGUUUGAAUAUGACUCAGGAAACAGCACUAUUAGGAGGUAAAGCCUUGGAAGAAGUGUGUUACUUUUGGGGUGGGCUUUGAGACUUUUUUCCUUGCUGCCUGGAGCCAGUCUUCUUCUGAAUGCAGUCAGAGAAGGACAUAGAACUCUAAGCUCCUUCUGCACCAUGCCUGCCUGGAUGCUGCCAUGCUUCCUGCCUUGAUGAUAAUGGGCUGAACCUCUGAAUCUUUAAGCCAGCCCCAAUUAAAUGUCUUUUAUAAGAUUUGACUUGAUGAUGGGAUCUCUUCACAGCAAUGGAAACCCUAACUAAGACAACAAAAGAGACCCCCGCUAUCUUAGAGGUUUGCAGAAGUAUCAUUAUUUUCAACGAUUUUAUGGGAGCUCAUUAGAAUCAAUCACUUCAAAGACCAUCAUCACUGAAGGCCCUAAGCCAAAGAAGGAUUGUAUUAAGUCUAAGAGAACAAAGGCGCAUGAAACCAAGGCUGAAUUAAUUGUAAGAGAGAAUAAAAAGAGAUUAAUUGUUGAGGAAGAACAAAAAGAAGGGCAAAAAUGGAGUGCCCUGUCAUUUUCUAUCGAGGAGGAGAUGAGAAGGAAUUUAAAUUCUGGAAUAAAGAAGCUGGAAGAGUUCUUGAAAUCAUGUAAAAGUAGCUCAGUGAAAACUCAGGCUGAGAGGGUUGGGCUACAGGCUUGCUUGAAAGCCUGGAAGGAACACUGCCGAGCUGAAGGUGAAGCCACAAAAGACUUCAACAUAGCUGUCAACAUGAUGAAGAGGAUCCACUCCUUGUUGGAAAAACACUCUGAACUUCUGCAAGAAGCAGAUCAAAAACUUAUAGCCAGAUGUCUUACGUAUUUAGGGUUUUAUGAGCUUGCAGAUUCUUUAUGUCCAACCCAGGAAGCAGCAGAUGACGUAAAGAUGACGAAAAAGAAAUACUCAGUUGGGAUUGGGCCAGCUCGGUUCCAACUACAGUAUAUGGGUCACUAUCUGAUACGAGAAGAAAGGAAAGACCCAGACCCCAGGGUCCAAGACUUUAUUCCUGACACGUGGCAGCGAGAGCUCCUGGAUGUGGUGGAUAACUAUGAGUCUGCAGUGAUUGUCGCCCCAACAUCGUCUGGCAAAACUUAUGCUUCCUACUACUGCAUGGAAAAAGUGCUGAAGGAGAGUAAUGAAGGCGUGGUUGUGUAUGUUGCACCAACAAAGGCUCUUGUUAAUCAAGUGGCAGCAACAGUUCAAAAUCGUUACACCAAAAAUAUGCCAGCUGGUGAAGUUCUCUGUGGUGUUUUUACUAGCGAUUAUCAUCAUGAAGCCCUCAACUCUCAGGUGCUUAUUACCAUGCCUGCCUGCUUUGAAAUUCUGCUACUAGCUCCUCAUCGGCAAAACUGGGUGAAGAGGAUCAGAUACGUUAUAUUUGAUGAGGUCCAUUGUAUUGGUGGAGAAAUUAGAGCAGAAAUCUGGGAGCAUCUCCUUGUCAUGAUCCGAUGUCCCUUUUUGGCCCUUUCAGCUACCAUUAGUAACCCUCAGCAUCUCACUGAGUGGCUCCAGUCAGUAAAGAGGUACUGGAAACAAAUAGACAGUACCAUGGAACAAGGAUCUGUUUCCCAAAGAAAUGCUGCCACGUGUAGCAGCUAUCACAAAGACCGAGUGCAAGCCAGACAGUCCUACAAAGUUAGACUUGUGCUCUAUGAAGAGAGAUAUAAUGAUCUAGAGAAGUAUUUGUGUUCUGUGAGACAGGGCGAUGUUUGCUUUGAUCAUUUUCACCCAUGCGCUGCACUAACCACAGAUCACAUUGAAAAGUAUGGAUUUCCUUCUGAUCUUGCCUUGUCACCCCGAGAAAGCAUUCAGCUAUAUGACACUAUGUGCCAGGUCUGGAAGAGUUGGCCUCAGGCCCAGAACCUAUGUCCAGAGAACUUCACUCAAUUUAAGAAUAAAAUAGUCAUUAAAAUGCUGGAUGCUAGAAAAUAUGAAGAGAGCUUAAAGGAAGAAUUCACAAAUUGGGUUAAAAAUGGGAACGAGAAGGAGGCCCGACUUGUACUGAAAAACCUGAGUCCUGAUUACCAUGACUACUCAGGGCAGAUGCUGGACUUUUUCCCAUGUCUCGUUGAGAAGCUAAGGAAGAUGGAGAAGUUGCCUGCAGUAUUCUUUUUAUUUAGUUUAGAUACUGUAGAAGAAUGCGCUGAAAGUGUUUGUGAAUUCCUAGAGGAAAAACAGGAGGAGAAAAGACCUCCCAAAGCUGAUAAAGUAGCUUAUACCAUGACUAACAAACUUCGAAAAGUUAAAAAAUCUCUGGAGAAACAAAAAAUAGAUGAAAAGGGUCAGAAAUCUUCCAGAAGAUUGGAUCAAAGCAUUAUGUAUGAAGCUGAACACGAUUACCUCCUGAAGAGUCUGGAGAAGAAUCUAGAGAUUCCCAAGGACUGCACGUAUGCUGAUCAGAAGGCAAUAGAUGAAGAGGCAUUGCAGAUGGUGUUUAAGCGAGUGAAAUAUGAAAGAAAAGGUGACACGUUGAAGAAGUUGGCAAGAAGGGGCAUUGGCUAUCAUCACAGCUCCAUGACUAACAAAGAAAAACAGUUGGUCGAAAUUCUCUUUAGGAAAGGAUUCAUCAGGGUGGUGACAGCUACUAGAACACUCUCUUUGGGAAUCAACAUGCCCUGUAAAUCUGUGGUUUUUGCUCAAAACUCGGUCUAUCUGGAUGCUUUAAAUUAUAGACAGAUGUCUGGCCGGGCCGGAAGACGAGGGCAAGACCUGCUGGGUGACGUCUACUUCUUUGAUAUUCCACUGCCCAAAAUAGGAAAACUCAUAAAAUCCAAAGUUCCUGACCUGAGAGGACAGUUUCCUCUCAGUAUCACACUCAUCCUAAGACUCAUGCUGCUGGCUACCAAGGCAGAUGACCUAGAGGAUGGCAAGGCAAAGGCACUGUCAGUGCUGAAACACUCGUUGUUAUCCUUCAAACAACCCCGAGCCACAGACAUGUUAAAGCUUUACUUUUUAUAUUCUUUGCAGUUCCUGGUGAAAGAGGGACAUAUAGAUCAAGAAGGUAAUCCUACAGGGUUUGCUGGCCUUGUCACACAUCUACAUUACCAUGAACCUUCUAAUCUUGUGUUCGUCAGUUUUCUUGUAAAAGGCCUUUUCCAUAAACUUUGUCAGCCAACAAGUAAAGAUUCAAAAUGCUUUUCUGAAGAUGUAAUGGAGAAGCUAGUUUUAGUAUUAGCAAAUCUUUUUGGAAGAAGAUAUAUUCCAGCCAAGUUCCACGAGGCUCACCCUAAGUUUUAUCAAUCAAAGGUGUUCCUUGAUGACCUCCCCCAGGACUUCAGUGACGCCCUGCUUGAGUACAACAUGCAAGUGACUAGGGACUUUGCUUCCUUUCUGCUCAUUGUGUCCCGAUUGGCGGAUAUGAAACAGGAGUAUCAACUCCCCUUGUCGAAAAUCGAGUUCGCAGGUAAAGAAUGUGAGGAUUCACCACUUGUGUCUCACUUGAUGAGCUGCAAGGAAGGAAGGAUGGCGGUUUCGCCCUUCGUUUGUUUGUCUGGAAACUUUGAUGUGGAUUUGCUUAGUCCGGGAGUUCCAAAUCAUGUCACUCUACACACAAUUUGUAUCAAUCAUGCACAAGCCCCAGUGCUGUGGCCACACAGAUUGGACAGUCAAGGAAGAAAAAUGCCACUUGAUGCCUAUGCACUUGAUUUCUAUAAGUAUGGAUCCCUUGCUGGAUUAGACCAGGACAAUAGGAUACAUCCAAGGGAUGCAUAUAAUCUGUUGAAAGAUUUUUACCUUACCAUUAAAUCUAUCAGUGUCUCCUUGCGUGAACUGUGUGAAAAUGAAGAAGACAACGUUGUUUUAGCAUUUGAACAAUUGUCUAAGUCUUUUCAUGAGAAGUUUGAAUUAGUGUGAAAAGAAAAACUAUGUAAACCGCUUAAACUAUCACUACAGAAGCUUUGUAAAUUACAUAUUUUUACUCUUAUGUCUUGAUCAAGCAAUCAUACAUGAUGAAAUGGAAUGAACAAACAGAGUUGCCAUCAAACUUCUUAUGUUUGCCUCUAAGCACCCUUGGCCAACAUACUUGGUGUUUUCCUCAAAACGUUGACAAAAAACACUUAUUUCUCCAAAUUAUUGAGAACUGAAUGAAAAAAAUACAAGGGUCUUGCAUAUAUGUAUGUUUGAAGACAGAUUUUAUGUUCCUUGAUACCCAAAGCAUUGCAUUUUAAAUAUUUUCAUUGUUAAUAUGUAAAAAUGUUUUUGAAGAUAGAGAAAAUGAUUGUAGUAUCCUGAAAGUGUAAUAUAAUCUACUCAAUCAACAUAAAGGGAUUUCACUGCUUAGAUAGGUAGCUAUUGAAACAAUAUAUCUUGAUAAAUAACCUACUUGUAAAAAAUGAAUGUUUUCAUUUAGUAUUUGUGAUGCUUUAAAAGAAAACAGGUAGCUAAUGUUUUUCUUCAUUUUAGUUGCAUGUAAAUGACUGUUGAAAUAAUGAUGUCUUUAGUUUCAUUUGUUUGAAAUAUAUUCUUCUCUUAAUCCA